AUGGCGAUAGGCACAGCAGCGUUGGGACUCCUCGCUCUCCUGCUCGGCUGCUCCGGCAAUUCUGCCGAAGCUCAAAACUCGUCGAAGUGCGUCCUGUCUGGCAACUGGACGAACGACCUGGCCUCCACCGUGCUGUUCGGCAGCGUCAGUAACACCGGGGUCUUCAGCGGCGUCUACCAAACGGCCGUCUCGUCCUCCGGCGAAACCAUCCCGCCAUCCCCGCUGCAGGGCAUCCAGCACCAGAGGGACAACGCCACCUUCGGCUUCACCGUCUACUGGAACGCCUCUAAGUCCGUCACCGUCUUUGCCGGCCAGUGCUUCGUGGUUGAGGGCGGGAAGGAGCUGCUGAAGACCGUCUGGUUGCUGCGCGCGGAGGCGGCCUCCAGGGAAGACGACUGGGGAGCAACGAAGGUUGGCACGAACACUUUCUACCGCACCAAGUGA